AUGGGGCAGCACAAAAUGAAGGAAAACUUGGAAGCAGGGAUGGCAAUGGUUCAUGAAUCUUAUCACAUCUUAGAUAAAGGAAUACUCAGCUUGCAGGAUGAGACUAGUGAAAUAGAGAAGAAGAUAGGAGUAGUUGGAGAAACCAUGGCGAUAUUGCAGCAGUUCACUACAUUUGGCCGUGAAAAACAGGAAGGGCUUCUUCAAAGCCAAGAGAAGAUUCAACGAGCUCAUGACCAUUUAGUUGAAAAUUCACAGACCAUAUUGGAAGCUCAAGAAGCUUUUGAACAGAAGCAGUCAUCCAUGUUUGUUGCUUUGGAUAGGCUAUUUGCCUUGCAGGACGCGUUGCUGGUGGAAACACGAUCAAUGAAAGCAGUCGUUUUCUAUUUCAUAUCAAUGCUUGCCAUUUACAUGUUAACCAGCACAAAUUCUAUGCCUUGCAUUCAUGCUCGAAUUUGCAGUCCUUCGACUUGCAACAAAGGGAAUAGAACAACGGACUCGGUGGGGGACUAUGAAAGGCUAUACUACAAUAUGCUACAAAAACUAACAGAGGAGGUUAUAAGCUUGCGAAAAAACGCAGAGUUGUCAUGGGAAUCAGAUGAUGAAUCCGACUGGUCUGCAUUAGUUGACAAAGACGUAUCGGGCGACAUUUUCUAA